AUGACAUCGAUUCUAAUUCGAGCUCGGUACCCGUCAUUUUCGGUACGCGAGAGCAGACUAAAAAAACGUGGAAUCAAACUGGGUGACUUCUUGUCCGCUUCUGUUCCCAUGGGAAAACCAGUUGAGAAUUUCGACAAAGUGAACUACAAGUUCACAGUGAAUGUGGAUGGGAAUACGGCAACGAUUGAAGACCAAGAAGCUGAUUUAGAGAAAAACGAGGAUGAAGUUUUGGUUUCCCGAGUGAAAGCUUUCGGAUCUGUCAGAUCGAUAAAACAGAAUAUUCCAGUUGGGAAAUAUCGAAUCAACAUCAGGGCAACCAAACCAAGCGAAGAAUACAUAUUCUCUUUCCUCUACGCUCCAAGAGAAUAUGUUUUUCUGUUUCAUCACUUUGAAAGAGGGUUUUGA